GAGAGUUACGGAGUGUCCUUGAAGGCAUCGUCAUUAAGCUCCGCCCCCAGCGUCAGAGUUUCUUCGGUCCGGUUUGAAAGUUUGAGGAGCGGCGCAGCGGCGGCGAAGGACUCGAACCCGCGGCGGCCGGCGGAGGAAUGGGCUGCAGUCACAGCAAGAAGAAAGGCAGGAAAGCAGAGAGGAGUCGGAGCGGCCGCAGAGAUGAAGGUCAGUGGGCGUCGGCUCAUCCGGAUGUUUGUCUGGAGAAGCAGCUGGAGCGCUUUGAGUGGCAGCUGAAGAUUUUAAAGGAAGUGCUGUCGGCCAAUGGCAGCUUAGAGAGGGCGGAGCUUCUGAGACAGCACACUGAUGAGGAAGUGUGCGUUCUGGUCCUGAGCAUCCUGGACAAGGUGAAGACGGAGACGACGGCCGACCUGAACGUCCUGCACGAGCAGAAGAGCACCUGUGCUGCUGAGGAGCACGACAGGCGAGUCCGAGAGCUGCAGAACAAACACCAACAGGAGCAAAGCCAGCUGACGGAGACGUUCCAGGCAGCUGAACGUGUCCUGAAGGGUAAGGUGUUGGAGCUGGAGGCGGAGCUACAGGUUUACAACCGCCUGAAGGCGCGAGUGGAAGAGUCCACCUUCAAGAAGGACCUGCAGAGGAACAUCCAGGAGCGCGGCAGCCCAGGUGCAUUCUGGGAGUCUGAGCAGGAGUCGCUGCUGUUUGUGAUCGAGAUGAAGAGCGAGCGCGUGCAGGAGCAGAACAGGAAGCUGCAGCAGAUGAACCAGCUGACGGAGAAGAACCAGACUCUGGAGGACCAGCUGGUCCACGUCCUGCAGCAGAACGAGGACCUGACGGAGCGGGUCGACAACUGCCAGAGCCUCAUUCAGCAGCUGACCAGGGAGCAGCUGGACCUCAAGGGGGCGCUGGAGAGGCAGGUGGCAGUCAACCAGAAGCUUUCUCAGGAAAAGGAGCAGCUGAUGUUCAAGCUGAGACACCGAGAGUCACGUCCCGGCAUUCACCUGCCCGCCAUGAUGCAGGAGAUCACCCCCCGAUGACCCGGUUCUGACUGUGGCACGGACCAGGCCCGGCUGGCCGCUGAGCUGAAACAUCUGGACUCUGGUCUGGAGCUGAGAAACGCACCUGGGUCUGGUCUUCUCGCUUCAGGACGUGUGGAGCUUUAGCUCCUGAAACUGUGAAUGUUGAUGCUGACGUCAGCGCCACAAUCAAACCUCCCACCGAAUUGAAGACCAUGACAACUAACCGGCGUUGCCAUGGCAACACAGCAACUCUAGCUCAUGGAUGAAGACAGGAAGAAGCAAAUCCAUUAGAAAAGUGACUCAGGAUUAAUGCAGACCCAGAGAAGCUCCUCGCUGGUCCGUAGAAGCUCCUUGCGGACCCGGAGAAGCUCCUCGCUGGUCUGUAGAAGCUCUUCAUGGACCCGGAUAAGCUCUUCAUGGACCUGGAGAAGCUUUCCAGGUCCUGGAGAAGGUUUCCUGAAAAGGCAGCAGAACCAGACCUCAGUACGGUCCAGACCUCAGUAUGGUCUAGACUUCAGAACAGUCCAGACAUGCAGAUGUUUCUGGUCUUCUUCCAAAGCUGAAGAUGUUUGUUUACAUCCUGCAAGCGUUGAAGCACUGCUUUUGUUUUGUGGCGUCCUUGUUUAGGUUGGUGGGUCAAACUGACCCCAUCAGCCCGUCUGGUUCUCUGGCUCCAUUUUCCGCUCCGGAUUGGAACCAGCAACAUCACUGCAGGUUCUGUUCAUAGUCACCGGGUUGCUCAUUAACAGGAAGUGACUGGUCCUUCUGGAUUCAAGACGUCGUGCUGACAGCUUUCAGGACGGUUCUGGACGAGCGGGAAGGAAGUCCUGCUGUGACGUCAUCAGGCUUUGUUUAUUCAAAUGUGUUUUAACAGAGUCGCUGACAUGGUUUCCAUGGAAACGGGUUAUCAUGGAGAGCCCCCGCCCAGGAUGGAGCCCACAUCACUGCAGUAUUGAUCAGUAGCUUCUGUUCGGUACGUUCUGGUGCUGAACGUUAACCCGUCACGGUCCGAUUCUGCUGCUGCAAACGCUGGAAAGUAUUUACGGUUUACUUCAGGACUGACGUGGUUUGACUGAAACCGCAGACUUGUGCCAAACGUUUUGAAGCCAAAGAUCAGCUCUUCAGGUCCGGUGUUAUGCACCUGCACUUUCUAGCAGAGCUGACUAGAACCAGAACCAGGAUUCUGUUCCUUCCUUUACAGCUGACUGACUUCUCUGCCUGUUACAAAUGUUUUUUAUUUUUGACUGAUCGACGUUUUUCACCAUCGUGUAGAAACUUCCGUUUUUUUUGGCUUUACCAAAUAAAAACUGUAAAUAUCUG